AUGAAGGAAACAAAUGGAAAUAUGAAUAUGAAAGCUAAGGCGUUCCCUCCUGGCGACGCGCAGGGUGUAGACCUCCAUCCUGUGAAAAGUAAAGUAAAGGUCAAAGCAAAGACAAGAUUAGCAAGUUUGAAUAUUGGGAUGCUUGAAGGUAAGACGAGAGAAUUGGCAUCAAUGUUGAACAAGAGAAAAGUUGAUAUAGCGUGCAUACAAGAGACGAAAUGGAAAGGUCAGAAGACUUUAAUGAUUGGAGAUGGGUAUAAAUUGUACUAUAAUGGAAUUGUUAGCAAUAGGAACGGUGUCGGCAUUAUCCUCAGUCAAGAUCUAACAUUCUCAGUAGUAGAAUUCAACAGGAUCUCUGAUAGACUAAUGAAGAUAAAACUCUGCAUUAGUCAAUCAAUACUACACAUCCUUUCAGUAUAUGCUCCUCAAACGGGUUGCAAGGAAGAAGAGAAAGAUGAAUUUAGAGCUAUUCUUGAUGAAGCUGUAAUGGAAAUCCCUAAGGAUGACCUAGUCAUAAUUGGUGGUGACUUAAAUGCGCAUGUGGGGAAAGCAAGAGAUAGCUACAAAAGGCAACAUGGUGGUUUUGGAUAUGGAGAAAGAAAUGAAGGAGAACACAUACUGAAAUUUGCGCAAACCUUCGACCUUGCCAUAGAUUACAUGCUAAUCUCUCGCAGAAGAUUAAAAGAUGUAAUAACUGCAAAGUCAUCCCAGGAGAAGGUAUAG